AUGUCUCCAAAAGACUUCUUCAGAAAGUACUUGAAAUUUCAACGGAAAAAGAAACAAGAAGAAACCGACAAGUCCAAACCAGCACCAACACCACCACCUGUUAAAUCCACUCGAAACAGCAUACCAGAUGUUGUUGAACAGCUUCAAAAGAGGCCUGUAAACAGACCCAAAUCUACCCGUCCUCGGUCUACUUAUACCAGUCCCCAAGCUGCCAACGACGGAUGGUCUUCAGCCACUGGGGCUUACCACGGAUGGCUAGGUGCAGAAAAUGGGGUAGGUGGUACUCAUCAUGAUAGCGGAUGUAGCAGUGGUGAUGGGGGUGGUUGCGAUGGUGGAGGUGAUGGCGGAGGAGAUUGCUAA